GUUCCUUUGCGCGCGCCUCGAGGGAGGUGGCUCGAGGCAACGCUUUGAUGUCGGGCCUGACCCGCUCGGCUGGCCCAAGGGCUGGCUUCGAAGGCUUCUAGGGUCGAAUCCUAACCUUAUCACGAACCGCACUUUCUUCCCAUCAACCCACCGAUCAAUAUAAUCCGAGCUGUGCGACGUGGCCAAUGAGUGCCGGCGAUGGAUUUCAAUAACCCUAAUGCGUACGGCGGCCAGUUUGCGAAUUCCCCGCAACACGCCCAGUUUGAUCCACAGGCGCGCCUCCAGCAGCAACCAAACGCUCCAGGCCAGUAUGCCCAGCACGCCCCGUUCGCCGGCAUGGGUGGUGCCAUGGGAAAUAGUGUCAUGCCGUCUGGAGCCCCGUAUCUCCAGCAGCGAGCUGCCCUCCAACCACAACCACAGCAGCAACCACAGCAGCAACAACACCAGCUGUCGUCGCCCAGCCCAUACUCAAGCGCGCCCUUUGCGCAGCCCAUGCCCUCGCCUGCUCAUCAGCAACAGUUUGCGCAGAACCGUCAGACUGCCUCGCCCGCAAGCGUCACCGGACAGCCGCCCUUUGCGAUCCCCCAGCCCCAGCCCUCGCCUGGCAGCCUGCCGACAAACGGCCACCAGACGCCCAUGAAUCUCCAGCUACCCAUCAAGUCGGAACCGCCUCAGCUGCAGACGCCCGUCAAGGCAGUGCCCCCGUCACCCAUGUCGCCCAGCAACCCGGCGCGUAGUCAGGACCGCGUCGCGACACUCCUCGAGAUCAACAGCAUCCUCAUCAAGGAGGUGUGCGAUCUGCAGGCACAGGGCAAGGCGGGUCAUGUAGGACCCACGCCUGAAGGAAAGCCUGAGGGCGAGAAAGCGCAGCCGUCCAAGGAGUACGUAGACUAUAUGCGGCGCCUACAAGCCAACCUAGCUUACCUCGCCCAAAACGCCGAAAAAGUGCCCAAACCAGGCCAACAAAUGCAACCAGGACCUGCCAUCAUGUCGGUUCCGCCCUCGCACGUAGACCUCGCCAAGCUCUACACCAAGCUCCAAGAGCUGUUUCCCGGCUGGAAGGGCCAGUCAGCCCAGAUGAAACAAUCCCCGGGCCCACAACGCGUCGCUUCGAACCCCGGUCCACAGCAACUUCAACAACAACAGCAACAACAACCGCCGAAUAGUGCGGGCUUGCAUCAGAAUUGGGGACCUGGAGUUAUGCAGCAGAGCUUGCAGCUUGCGCAGCAGCAGGCUCAGCAGCAGCAACCGCCGACGUGAGCGUUUUUUUUUGGGUUUUUGCAUAGCUGGGGAUAGUGUAGGGCGACAUGGAGGGGGGAAUGGGGAGGGAAAGAGCGAGCGGCCGUUGCAUCGCGGGCGUAUGGACGGGGCUUGGCUUGGUUUUGUAUUAUAUAUACCAUUACUACUUUUUUUGUUUUCAACACAGGGGAAAAUAUGCGUUUCAAAGACGGAUAUAUAUAUAUACAUCGGGCAGAGGUGAGGACACCGACAAUAACAGUGGACCAGGGGCCUGGUUUUUUGUAGCACUGGUAUGGGCGU